UUGUCAAGUUAUCGGAUGUUUCAGGUGAUGAGGUUUGCUGUACAAGAGAUCAAUAACUCCAGCCUCAUCCUGCCCAAUGUAUCGCUCGGUUAUGAGAUAUUCGACCACUGCUCAGACAAAUUCAACUUUCAGGCAAUCUUAAAUAUGAUCUCCAGAAAUGGAUCAAUUCAAGUUCUGAGGUGCGUCAACGAGUAUCUGUCUAAGGUCAUAGCUGUGGCCGGUCCAUUUAGAAGCAUGGAGUCUAUGACUGUUGCUCCCAUGUUUGCGAUGAAUCUAAUUCCCAUGGUAAAUUAUGGGUCCUCCAGUUCUGUUUUAAGCGACAAGUGGAAAUAUCCCUCAUUCCUGCGAACCACAGCUAGUAACAAAGACUUAAUACAGCUGAUCAUUCUGAUUAUAAAGCACUUUAAUUGGAACUGGGUUGCAUUUGUCAGCAGCGCCGAUGAGAACAGCCAAAAUGGCCUCCAGCUGUUCAAAAGCAAGCUGAAAGACACGAAGAUCUGCUUGGCUUAUGCAAAAGAGCUCAACGAAGUGUCUGAUCACUAUGAAAUACUUCAACAGUUAGAGGGUCUUAGCAUAGAGGUCAUUAUAGUUUUUGCUGGGCAGAGCAGCGCUGUUGCGUUCAUUAAAUCAGCAAUCAAGCACAACAUACACAACAAAGUGUGGAUUGCAGGCGACAGUUGGUCCUUGAACAAGAACCUCCCCAGAUUGAGUGGAAUCAAGGCGAUUGGCACCAUCAUUGGAAUAACAGAGACAGUGAUGCCAUUACCUGGGUUUAAGGAUUUUGUCUAUUUGUCCCAAACACAAAGGAAUAACAGGCCUUCAACCUGUGAACAAACACCAUCCAGACAAACAUGCAAUCAAGCUUGUGACCUCUGUAGUGAUGUGAGCCCAGAAGAGAUCAUCGGUGAAAACCCAUCAUAUUCUUUCGCAACUUACUCUGCCAUUUAUGCUAUGGCCCACGCGUUACAUAAUUUGUUACUAUGUGACAUUAAGGGAUGCAGUGACAAUGUAACUGUGUAUCCAUUUAUGCUUCUCCGAGAAUUAAAGAGGUCAAAUUUCACAAUAUUGAACCGGCAUAUUGAGUUUGACAGCAAUGGAGACCCGACAUCUACUUCUUAUGCUAUUGUUUUCUGGAACCAGAGUGGCCAGGCCGAGAAAGUUGGCUCUUAUGAAACUGAUCCAACACUUGAUGUUCCCUUCUCUAUCAACAACACUCAAAUUCACUGGUAUGCUGACCAAGUGCCCGUCGCACGCUGUUCCCCUGAAUGUUCAGAAGGAUUUGCAAAGAAGAUAGAUGGACUCCAUCAAUGUUGUUUCCAGUGUAACGUCUGCCCUGGUAUGACUUAUGUCAACUACACAGACGACCCAUACAGCUGCAUCGACUGUAGGAAGACAGAGUGGUCCAAACCAGGAAGCACCUUUUGCACACAGCGUUCAGUGGAGUAUAUACUUUUCACAGACCCUAUCGCCAUCACACUCAUGUUUUCCACAGGUGUCCUGUUAGCGCUAACACUAGCCAUUGUCAUUCUUUUUGCACUGAACUAUGACAAGCCGGUUGUUAAGUCUGCCGGUGGGCCAAUGUGUUUCCUUCUUCUGGGCUGCUUGAGUGCAAGCAGUAUCAGUGUGUUCUUUUUCUUUGGGAAACCAACAGUGACCAAUUGUGUGUUGAGGUAUUUUCUAUUUUUGUUGUUCUACACUGUCUGUUUAGGCUGUUUCGCUGUGCGCUCCUUUCAAAUAGUGUGCAUUUUCAAAAUGGCCACCAAGUUCCCUAAGAUUCACAGCUGGUGGGUGAAGCACAAUGGACAGUGGUGGCUCAUAGCCAUAGUCUUUGUUCUUCAGCUGUUGUUGCUUACAACAGUGUUCACUGCCAGCCCUCCCACACCAGUCAGUGACAUGACAUCAUACAGAGAUCAAAUAAUACUAAAGUGUGCCAUGAGAAGAACAGUGAUCAUGUUCUUGUUAUUGACUAUAGUCUUGGCAAGUCUGUGCUUUAUUUUCUCAUACAUGGGGAAAGACCUGCCCAAAAACUACAAUGAGUCCAAAGCAAUCACCUUGUACCUGCUUUUCCUUAUACUUACAUGGAUCACUUUCUGUACAGCAAGCAUAUUAUACCAUGGUAAAUAUUUACAGUUAUUCAAUGCAAUGUCAGUGCUUUCCAGUUCAUACAGCAUCCUCUUCUGCUACUUUCUCCCGAAGUGCUACAUCAUUAUCUUUCAGCCGCAGAAAAAUACACAACUGCAUUUCCAAGGGAUCAUCCAACGUUAUACUCAAAACAUCAGUAGUAAGUAG